CAGGUUUUUCCUUCGAAUCCCACUAAAACUAAAACUAGGACAAUUAAACUGUGAACGAAAAGAAUAAAAGAAGAGGUGGUGUUCAUCACAAGGCACUGAUUUUAUCCUGUGUUGCAGUGAUUUCUACGAGUAUAGAUCGUCUUCUUCAUCACCAAACUUUUGGAAGUUGCAGGGAAGGGGGUCGAUCCACUUCUAAGAGUCUGCCCGGCCUUAUCGCCAUUCUCUUCUUCUACCUCCUUGGAAAUUUUUUGUUUUUUACAAAAUUUUUGUUUCUUGUGGUCGGUCUUCCUUUUGCAGAAACAGCGAUUUUCUCGAAAAUAUCUCUCUUGAAUUUUUGUUGUGGUUGGUUAUCGUUUUCUCCUUGGGUUUAGCACCUGCUGCUACUCGAGUGUAAUUUGGGAAAUACCCAAGGCCAAAAUCCAGUUGUCCCCGCUAGACCCCGGGUGGCUCAGCCCCUGGAUGCUUUACUUUUUGGGGUUUUUGAAGUGGAGAAUUUGAUGUUUUGGGAAACUGUGAGAUUUGCUCCGCUGUUUAAUUAAAGUGAGAAUAAUUUUAAGAUGUUACAUACCCAAGGAGCUUCAAAGAACACUUGCAAUCUCCUUGCCGUCUAUUGUGGGAGAACUGCAGAAAAUAAACAGGAGAGAGAUGUUGCAGAUGAAAAGCCUAUCUUUCCUUUCCCAGUUAUUGUAUCUUCGGGGCAUUUAGAGGUUCAAACAUUGAAAAAUCCAACUAUUGAAGAGUUUCAAAAGGUUGUUGAUUCAUGGCAGCCAAAUUGUGUGUACUUGAAAGGAGAACAGCUGCCAAAUGAUGAUGUUGGCCCCCUUGUUUGGGGAGGGGAUGAUUUGUCCUCUCCGGAAGCUGUAUCUGGACUCUUUGGUACUACAUUGCCAAUAGCUGUUUAUCUGGAGUUCCCAAAUGGCGAAAAGUUUGCAGAAGCACUUCAGUCUAAGGGAAUUCCUUAUGUAAUAUAUUGGAAGAACACUUUUUCUUCCUAUGCAGCUAGCCAUUUUUGUCAUGCAAUGUUCUCGGUGGUACAAAGUUCAUACUGUCACACUUGGGAUGUAUUUCAGCUUGCACAUGCCUCCUUUAGGCUGCAUUGCGUUCAAAAUAAUGUGGUCCUUCAUGAUAACACUCCGGAAGUUAAUGAUAAAUUGGGCCCUAAUCUUCUUGGGGAACCUCCAUAUAUUAGUGUAACCCUACCUGAGAUAGGUCCCGAGGAUGAUGAAGAAAGCGCCUCUGGUGACCUUCCCGCCGUGAAGAUAUAUGAUGAUGAUAUAAACAUGAGGUUUCUUGUCUGUGGAGUGGCAAAUUCAUUGGAUGCUUUCUUAUUGGGGUCUCUGGAGGAUGGCCUCAAUGCACUAUUGAGUAUUGAAAUGCGGUGCAGCAAACUACAUAACAGGGCAAGUGCCCUUCCACCACCACUUCAGGCCGGCACAUUUUCUCGUGGUGUCGUGACCAUGCGAUGUGAUUUGUCAACCAGUAGUUCUGCUCACAUCUCUCUUUUGGUAUCAGGAAGUGCUCAAACGUGUUUCGACGAUCAGCAAUUGGAAAAUCAUAUAAAAAGUGAAAUCAUUGAAAAAAGUCAGCUGAUUCAUGCACUGCCAAAUUGUGAGGAAAGCAAACCAUGCUUGUCGGAACCUCGAAGAUCAGUUGCAAUAGCUUGCGGGGCUGCAGUGUUCGAAGUUUCCUUGAAGGUUCCAACAUGGGCUUCCCAGGUUUUGAGGCAACUAGCACCAGAUGUUUCAUAUCGCAGUUUAGUUGCUCUUGGUGUUGCCGGUGUCCAGGGAUUAGCUGUAGCUUCAUUUGAGAAGGAAGAUGCAGAGCGGCUUCUUUUCUUCUAUAAGCAGCAGGUGAAGGAUAGUAAUUCGAACAAUCUAAGGAUCAGCAGCUUUCCCACCUGGUUCAGACCACCACCUCCUAGUAGAAAGAGGUCACUAGAAAAAAGCAUUGGCUCUCAAAAUGGUUUAGUUUCUGGAAAUCAAGCGACUGUGAAGAAGGAAGAUAAUGGUGAUAUGGAAAGUGGAUUGGUGAAUGGGGUCCCUGUGCCUCUUGUGCCAGCAAGACAAAUGAUUAAAAUUGCUGCCAUGAGGCCCAUUCCUCACAUUCAUCACCAGAAAAUGCUUCCCUUUUCGAGAAUUUCAGAAGCUGAUGGGAAUGAUGGAAGUCAGACAAAGGUUAAAUCUUCUAUUGUUCCUUCUACAAAGCACGGAGGUGCUGGAGUGGCUCCUGUUACCCAGCGAAAAUCAACGGCGGGCUCGUAUCAGGCUAAGCAAAUAAUUUCUUUGAAUCCUCUUCCUCUUAAGAAACAUGGUUGUGGGAGAAACCCAAUACAUGUGUGCUCUGAGGAGGAGUUCCUUAAGGAUGUAAUGCAAUUUUUGAUACUCCGAGGACAUAAUCGUCUCAUUCCUCAAGGUGGGCUUGCUGAAUUCCCAGAUGCUAUACUCAAUGCAAAGCGUCUUGAUCUCUUUAAUUUGUAUAGGGAGGUGGUCACAAGAGGAGGUUUUCAUGUUGGCAACGGCAUAAAUUGGAAGGGACAGGUUUUCUCGAAGAUGCGCAAUCACACUGUGACAAAUAGAAUGACUGGUGUUGGAAAUACGCUUAAAAGACACUAUGAAACUUACCUUUUGGAAUAUGAAUUGGCUCAUGAUGAUGUAGAUGGAGAGUGCUGCUUAUUGUGUCGCAGUAGCGCUGCUGGAGACUGGGUUAACUGUGGCAUAUGCGGGGAGUGGGCCCAUUUUGGAUGCGACCGAAGACCCGGUUUGGGUGCCUUUAAAGAUUAUGCAAAGACAGAUGGUCUAGAAUACGUUUGUCCUCAAUGCACCAUGUCUCAUAAGAAAAAGGCGCAGAAGAAUGGGAAUGGAUAUUCUUAGUAGUCCUGAAUUAUGAGUUCCGAAUUCGUUCUGUCCCUUUGAAAUUCUUGUCGAGAUUUUGUACGAAUAUGGAGGCACAAGAAGUAUCAGAAAGGACUGCUCAAUAGAGGUGAGUGGGAAGGUGAAACUGGAAAUUCUGGCAUGAGAUGUUGGAGGGUCCAGUUAUUGGCCACUGAGUUUAUAUUGAAGGAGCCAUACUUUAGAUGAAAUGUAUUAUCUUCAUUUGAUCGAGGAUGGAAAGGAUCAUUUUACUUUACUUUCUUCAUAGAAAUCUUGAGUACCUUACAAGAAUCUAAGCUUCUACAGUUAACAUCAAAGACAGAUUUUUAGUAAUAAUAGCAAUGGGUCUCAUCUCGUUAAA